AUGGCGGAUCGCCACUGGGAGCAGGUGUCCAACCUCGUGGGCACUCCGGUCAACCCGACCAUGGAGAACUUCACCCUCGAUAAUUUCGUCCAGCUCGGGCUCGUGGAUCACGCCAGCGCCGUGGCCGACAUUGGGGACCGUGCUGGCAAGGAGCAGAACAUCGAGAACCAGCUGAAGAAUAUGCAGGCUGCCUGGGACAAGGUGUUCUUCGACUGCAGCGAGCCUUACAGGACCACGGGCACCUAUAUUCUCAAGGGCGCCGACGAGGUCAUGGCGGUCUUGGACGAGCAGAUCGUGGUGACACAGGCGAUGCAGUUCUCUCCGUUCAACAAGCCCUUCAAAGAUGAGAUUGACGAAUGGAACGACAAGCUGAUGUACGUCUCAGAAUGCUUGGACCAGUGGCUCAAGGUGCAGCGCGCCUGGAUGUACCUGCAGCCCAUCUUCGACUCGCCGGACAUCAUGAAGCAGCUGCCCACGGAGGGCAAGAAGUUCAAAGUCGUGGAUGGCAAGUGGCGCCAGACCAUGGGCCGCGUGCACAGCAACGGCCACGCCCUGACCGCCUGCACGCAGGAGGGGCUGCUGCAGCAGUGGCAGAUAGUGAACAAGGACUUGGAUAUGGUCCAGAAGGGACUGGACGACUACCUGGCCACCAAGUGCGCGGCCUUCGCGCGCUUCUACUUCCUGUCCAACGAUGAGCUGCUGGAGAUCCUGUCUCAGACCAAGGACCCUCUGCGUGUGCAGCCCUUCCUCUCGAAGGUCUUCGAGGCCAUGAAGAAGCUCACCUUCACGGACCAGCUGGUGGCCACCCAGAUGCACUCCAAGGAAGGCGAGAUCAUCGACUUCGUGAAUCCCGUGGUCACGAAGGAUAAGAGCGUGGAGAACUGGAUGACGGAAGUGGAGAAUGAGAUGAUCGCCGGAGUGCGGAACGUGUGCCGCAUCGGGGUGGAGACCUACCCCGAGAUGGCCAGGACAGAAUGGGUGCUCCAGAACCCGGGCCAGGUGUGCCUGAACUCCAGCCAGGUACACUGGACGGCGGAAGUGGAGGAUGCCAUUAAGAAUAACUCCACGGAGAGCUACUUCACGAGACUCUCCGAGCAGUUGCUGGACCUGGUGCGCCUGGUCAGGGGCGACAUUACCAAGUUGCAGCGGAUGAGCAUUGGAGCACUGGUGGUCAUCGAUGUCCACGCCAAGGACACAGUGGAGAAGCUGGCAAAGGAGAAAAUCGAUGACUGCAUGUCCUUCGAGUGGAUCUCGCAGCUCCGCUACUACUGGGAGAUGGACGACCGCAACAUGGAGAACAUGUGGGUUCGGAUGGUGCAGACGCCUUUCCCGUACGGCUACGAGUACCUGGGCAACUCCUUCCGGCUGGUGAUCACACCGCUCACGGAUAUGUGCUACAUGACCCUGAUGGGUGCCCAGAGCCUCAACCUCGGCGGCGCCCCCGCGGGCCCCGCCGGCACCGGCAAGACGGAGACGACCAAGGACCUGGCCAAAGCGUUGGCCAAGCAGUGCGUGGUGUUCAAUUGCUCGCCGGAGAUGGACUACCUCAUGGUUGGCAAGUUCUUCAAGGGUCUCGCCUCCAGUGGUGCCUGGUGCUGCUUCGACGAGUUCAACCGCAUCUACAUCGAGGUGCUGAGCGUGAUCGCUCAGCAGCUCUUGCAGCUCUUCAGCGCGAAGAGGGAGCUGGCCUCCUACAAUGAUACUGUGGAGCUGGAGUUCGACUCCACGGUCAUUUGCAUGAAGCCUACCUUCAACGUCUUUAUUACCAUGAACCCCGGCUAUGCGGGGCGUAGCGAGCUGCCGGACAACCUGGCGGCGCUCUUCCGGCCCAUGGCCAUGAUGGUGCCGGACUACGCCAUGAUCGGUGAGAUCAGCUUCUACGCCUUCGGCUUUGAGAAGGGACGGCAUUUGGCCAAGAAGAUGGUCACCACCUUCCAGCUGUGCAGUGAGCAGCUCAGCGCGCAGAGCCACUAUGACUACGGCAUGCGCGCCGUGAAGACGGUCAUCGAGGCGGCGGGUCUCAACAAGCGGAAGUACCCGGACCAGAGCGAGGCCCAGAUCCUGCUGCGCGCCUUGCAGGACGUCAACGUGCCCAAGUUCUUGAAGGACGACCUGCCGCUCUUCUCCAACAUCAUCUCGGAUCUCUUCCCCGGCGUGGAGAAGCCUGCCAUCGACUACGGGAAGCUGGAGGAGAUGUCCCGGGAGAAGUCCAGGGAGACUCUGCUGCAACCAACGGAAUACUUCAUCAAGAAGCAGUUUGAGCUCUUCGACAUGAUCCAGGUGCGGCACGGCAUGAUGCUGGUGGGGCCCACGGGCGGCGGCAAGACCUGCUGCUACCGGACCUUGCAGGCGGCGUGCACAGCCCUGGUGGAAGCCAAGGAUCCGGAGUCGCCCUUCCAGCGCACCCACGUGCACGUGCUGAACCCCAAGGCCAUCACCCAGAACCAGCUCUACGGCGCCUUCGACGAGGUGACGCGGGAGUGGUCCGACGGCGUGGCCGCGGAGCUGAUCCGCAACGCCACCCGGGACAACCACAACCCGGACCACCACUGGGUCAUGUUCGACGGCCCAGUGGACGCGCUUUGGAUUGAAAGCAUGAACACGGUGCUGGACGACAACAAGAAGCUCUGCCUGGUGAGCGGCGAGAUCAUUGCGCUCACCUCCAAGAUGCGAAUGCAGUUCGAGGUGGAGGACUUGGAAGUGGCAUCGCCUGCCACCGUAUCUCGGUGCGGCAUGAUCUACAUGGAGCCAGAGAGUCUGGGCUUUCAGCCCUUCUACGACUCCUGGCUGGCGUCCUUACCGGAGACCUUCGCCUUCAAGCCCGUGCUGGCGGAAACCUUGCGCCGUCUUCUGGAAGAGGUGGUCGCGCCCUGCAUCGCCUACGUGAACAAGAAGACCAUUCGAUGCGUAACAACCACGGACAACAACACCAUCCAGGCGCUGUUCAAGCUCCUGGACUGCUACUUCGUGGCCUUCCGCCCCAACGAGCUGAAGCCUGCGAACACCUUCAAGGAGGCCAUCGCAGAGCUGUGCCGAACCUGGUGCCCCUCUUCUUCUUCUGCCUGGUCUGGUCCGUGGGCGCCACCUGCGACUCCAAGAGCCGCAAGGGCUUCAGCGACCUCGUCUGGGCCACGGUCAACGAAGACCUCCGGGGGCCGGUGGAAGAGCUCUUGGCCAAGGCCUUCCUCACAGCGCCGCCCUUGCAAGAGAACGUGGAGUUCCCAGGUUUGGAGCCAGGGGAGAAUCUCUACGACUACUUCUACGACCAGGAGAAGCGGCAGUUUGUGCCGUGGAUGACCACCAUCCCUACCUUCGAGGUGCCGCGAGCUUCCAAGUACGAGGAGAUCGUGGUACCCUCCGUGGACUCGGUGCGGUUGGUCUACAUCUUUCAGCUCCUGGUGCUGAACGACAAGCACGUGCUGUGCCCCGGGCCGACCGGCACCGGGAAGAGUGUGAACAUCUCCCUCUGGUUGCAGAAGCAGGC